AUGGAACCUUUUAUGCUCUUUGCAUGCAUAAUAAUUUCAAUUUUGUGCUUGCAAAAUAUUUAUGUUCAAGUUAAACGUCGUGCUCAAAUUUUAAUAUGGUAUAGCAUCUCAAAUUCUAUAAUAUCCGUCUCCUUCGUUCUCGCUGGCAUAUUUCUUCCAAACGACUUUAGCCUCAAAGAUGCCUCAACCUUUGAACAUGUUUGGUGUGGUAUCAGUGGCUUCCUGUAUUCUCUUUCUUCUAUUUCAAAUUACGGUGUAGCAUUAGCUCUAUCAACAGAGCUUUAUAUUUCUUUAGGCCUUGCAUCUCCCGUCACAAAACGAAAUGAUGUCAAAAUAAGGAGGCUUAAUAUUUUUUUAACUGUCGUGAUACCGAUAGCGAGCAUUGCAUUGAGCUUAACGAUGUUGGCUGUGCAUCAUGAUCCUAUGUUUGCGGUGAUCGGUACGGGUGGCAUUUGUACAGUCUCUCGGCAUAGCAUUUAUAGAACUCCUUUAUUUUUUGUAAGAACCGUUCCUGAGUUCUUACCAAUUUAUCCUUCAUGUGUUUUAUCUGUUAUUACAGUAAUUCCUGUCGCCAGAAAAGUUUACCGUACCUAUCGUUUUCGAGAAACAUUCGCGCUUCCUUGGCAAUCCAGAAUUUCCCCUAAACCUAGUCAAAUACGCAGCACGCGUGCAGGUCCACCACCAAACACUGCGUCUUCCUCCCCAAAACCAACUAUCCCACGAAAUGUACUUCUCCGUAUGGCUUCAUGCAUGAUUUUAUUUUUAUUAUGCUUUGGAACUGGUGAAUUUGCUACUGAACAAUAUGGAAUACUCUGGACCAAAAUUCUUAGUUUUAUUUGUUGCAGUCCACCCAAAAUUCAAAGUCAUCAAAUAGAAAUUGAAGUGGUUUAUACGGGUACACAAGGUUCUGAUAUGAUAAGUCACGAUUCUUCUUCUUCAAUACCAACUUCCUUCAUCGCCUCUCCUCAG